AGUUAAUUUUCAAGGAUUAAAAAAUAAUUUUUAAAAAUCACAAGAAAAUGAGGUUAAUCAGCCCAGGUUGUGAUUGGUGGAACGUCAGGGGUGAAAGGUGAAGCCGCCAGAGGCGCUGGAAGAAGCGGUUUGAACAUGGCGGAUAAAGAGAAGAAGAAGAAGGAGAGUAUAUUUGAUUUGUCAAAGUACAUCGACAAAACCAUCCGAGUAAAAUUCCAAGGUGGACGUGAAGCAAGCGGCGUCCUGAAAGGGUUUGAUCCCCUGCUGAACCUGGUGUUAGACGGUACAAUUGAGUACAUGCGUGACCCUGAUGAUCAGUAUAAACUGACUGAGGACACCAGGCAGCUUGGCCUGGUUGUGUGUCGAGGAACUGCUGUUGUCCUCAUCUGUCCUCAAGACGGCAUGGAGGCCAUUCCCAACCCCUUUAUACAGCAGCAGGACGGCUAACACCUUUACUGUCUCCCACUCCUACACACAUACCGGAAUUGUGUUUGUUUUUUUCGCAAGACAUUUUGGUUGAGCGAUCAUUUGUGUUGCAUCCAAAUUUGAGGAUGUUGGAUGUCAUCGGGUGUAAAAUAGUCUGUUUUUUCCUGAUUGUAACUUCACUCAGGAGAACUUUUAGUUUGUUUUCUAAAUAUGGGUUUGAAUUAAACUGUAUCAAAUUACGUAGUCUAAUUAUGUGUGACUACACCUACUGCUAACUUUAUUUUUACUCAUUAUUUUAAUAUCAUAAUUAAAUUGGACAUGCAUAAGA